CAUCAAGAAUGAUGAUCCGCUUGUCGUGGCCCGACAAGAACAAGAACGCUUAUCCAAGCUUGAAAUGUUGAAGAGGCGUGGUAAGGGACCACCUAAGAAAGGCCAAGGAAGACGUGCUGCUAAACGCAACAAGUAGAGGAUAUUCUCCCGCAGCAUUAGUUGGUACAAACUGAAGAGGUUGGCAUGUGGAGCAUUUGUUGGAAGCUUAUUUAUGGCAUGCAGCAUUUCGAUACUGUUCAAGUCUUAUUUCUGCCAACUCUCUCUCUUGAGUUUGCAGUCUUCCAUUGAUGCUGGAAAUCAAAUUUCAAUGUUCAAGGUUGCAGAGAGCACAUCUGAGAAUAUCAAGCCGAUGUGCAGUGCAUGGGAACCAAUAUCCAAUUUUUGUGAAAUCAAUGGGGACAUUAGAGUUCAGGGGAAUUCCUCUACCAUUUCCAUUGUUUCAUUACAAAUGGGCACUCCAACAGGACAGAUUUCAUGGGUUGUAAAGCCAUACGUACAAAAAGAAAACGCAGCUGCAAUGGAUCUUGUUAAGAAUUGGUCAGUAACUUCAGUGUCAGAUCCAAGUGAGUUUCUUGACUGUGACCUGAUUCACAGUGUUCCCGCCAUCCUUUUCUCCCUUGGAGGAUUUUCAGGAAACCACUUCCAUGACUUCAGUGACCUGGUGAUUCCACUAUAUAUAACUUCCAAACAGUUUGAUGGAGAAGUGCAGUUUCUUGUGACAGAUAAUAGACUUUGGUGGAUCACCAAGUUCAAAGGAAUACUCAGAAAGUUAUCUAGAUAUGACAUUAUUAACCUUGAUAGUGAUGAAAAUGGCCAUUGCUACCCAAGCAUAAUGGUCGGCCUUAAAUAUCACAAGGAACUUGGUAUUGAUCAACCCAAGUCCCAAGACCAGCUAUCCAUGAAAGAUUUCAGGCAGUUCCUGAGAAGCACCUACUCGUUGAAGAGGAGAAACGCAAUCAGAAUAGGAGAUGAUGUGGGUAAAAGGCCUCGGCUAUUGAUCAUAACCAGAAGAAGGUCUCGAACAUUCACAAAUAUGGGCAAAAUAACUAGAAUGGCAGCAAGCUUGGGCUAUACUGUAGUUACUGCAGAGCCUAAUAUUUCGACCAGCUUGUGCAGUGUUGCUCAAAUAGUGAACUCUUGUGAUGUAUUAAUGGGCAUCCAUGGAGCUGGACUAACCAACAUGCUCUUCCUUCCUGACAAUGCAAUUCUAAUUCAAAUACUUCCCUUAGGGUCUAUUGAUGGGCUGGCUAGAGGAUACUUUGGAGAACCUGCGGUAGAUAUGAACUUGAGGUACUUGGAGUAUAAAAUAAAGACAAAAGAGAGCUCUCUGAGCAGUAAGUACCAUCUGGAUCAUGUGAUUAUCAAGGACCCUUUGUCAGUUCAUAAACAGGGAUGGGACGCAGUAAGGUCAACAUAUUUGGACAAACAGAACGUCAAGCUUGACGUGAGGAGGUUUAGAACAAAACUGUCAAAAGCUCUUGAGUUGCUUCACCAGUUGAGCAGGUAUACUUGAUAUUACUUCCACCUGUUUUACAUCUUUAGGAUGUUUCUUCAUUUAUUUAUAAGAAAAAGAUGCUCUUUUUCCUGCUUUCUUUUUGAGUUUGAGAAGGAAUGAAAGAGAAAAGAAGUGAUGGCUGGUGUUUUAUCCUUGACGAGAGCACUUCAGUCAACCGCAUGAAUAAAUGGACAAGUACUUUGUGAUGAAACAGAAGUCACGUUAUGAGUUAACUAGGGCUGGCAGAGCUGCCAUAUCAGAUGUGCUCAGCUUAUGUCAAUGCCUGCAGCAUUAGAUUCCUCUACCUUGUAAAAACACCCACCCUGACGGAUGCUGAUACAUAUUCCCCAUAAUAAAAAGAAAACGUAUUCAUUAUACACGAAUGAUCUUCCUCAGCAGAGUUGGAUUUUGAAGAAUUUUCCGAGGUGUUUUCACCGGCUUCACAAGGAUUUAAAUGCAGAUGGGCUGAGCAAGAGGU